AUACAAGCCAAGAUAUCGAAUAAUCAAAGACAGAAUGGCAAGCAUGGGGUGUUUCAAUUCUGUCAUCUUAACCUUUCUCUUCUUUGUUGGCUUAAUGUCUUCUUCAUCUGAAGCUGCCAUAAAGAAAUACCACUUUGAUGUUCAAGUGGCGAAUGUGAGUAGACUAUGCCAUGCAAAGCCCAUUGUAACAGUAAAUGGGAGGUUCCCAGGGCCAACUAUAUAUGCUAGGGAAGGAGAUAGAGUCCUGAUUAACGUCACAAAUCAUGCACCAUACAACAUGUCGAUCCAUUGGCAUGGACUUAAACAAUACCGUAAUGGUUGGGCGGAUGGACCAGCUUAUAUCACACAGUGUCCAAUUCAGACAGGAAGUAGUUACACUUAUGAUUUCAAUGUUACGGGGCAGAGAGGAACCCUAUGGUGGCAUGCACACAUUCUGUGGUUGAGGGCCACUGUGUAUGGAGCAAUAGUAAUUAUGCCUAAACCUGGAACACCAUUUCCUUUCCCACAGCCAGCUAGAGAAUUUGAAAUUAUCCUAGGUGAAUGGUGGAACAAUGACGUGGAGGAGAUUGAAAACCAAGGGAACAACAUGGGGUUGCCACCAAAUAUGUCAGAUGCACAUACGAUCAAUGGGAAACCAGGACCAUUAUUUCCAUGUUCUGAGAAGCGUAAGGAAAUAUUUAGAGCUAGUUUG